AUGGCGUGGAACCCACCAGACCCAGCUCGGCUGAUGGUUCAAAAUGCCUCGCAUCGACUGUCACAGUCGAUCGAUGGCGAUACAUUGCGUCCGCGGGCGGACUCAUUCGCUUCUUCAGCAGAUACCGUAGUUCGUUCGCGGGCGAACUCCGAGGUAGACCCGGCCCAUACUUCCAAAGAUGUCUACGACGAUGUCUCGCUGUCGGAUGCUUUGAAACCGGACCCGAGGAAUGAAGCCGAUUUCCAGGUGGAGGAUAAUCGGUUUGCGUUCUCCCCGGGUCAACUAAACAAAAUGCAGAACCCGAAGUCCUUGGCUGCAUUCCAUGCUCUUGGUGGCUUACAAGGUCUGGAGCGGGGUCUGCGAACAGAUCUCAAGGCCGGUUUGUCAAUAGAUGAAGGGUGUCUGGAGGGCAAUGUCGAGUUCCAGGAUGUGGCACCUUCAGCGCAACACACAUCUACGGAAAAAUCCCCAUCAAAACCUAUCACUUCGGCGCCGGCGCCGGUUUCAUCUGGUCAUGGCUCACCCUUCGAAGACCGCAUUCGUGUCUUCAGUCAGAACAAACUACCUGCUCGGAAGUCGACCGGGUUCCUGAAAUUAUUUUGGGCUGCAUAUAACGACAAAAUUAUUAUAUUAUUGACUAUUGCCGCCGUGGUCUCGCUAUCCCUGGGGAUAUACGAGACCGUGUCAGAAGGCACAGGCGUCCAGUGGGUGGAAGGAGUCGCCAUCUGUGUAGCAAUUUUGAUUGUUACAAUCGUCACAGCUGCGAACGAUUGGCAAAAAGAGAGACAAUUUGCCAAACUCAAUAAACGGAACGAUGACCGUCAAGUCCAAGUCACCCGCUCAGGCAAACCCGACAUGGUUUCAAUCUACGAUAUUAUGGUCGGCGAUAUCCUCCAUCUCGAGGCAGGCGAUUCCAUCCCAGCAGAUGGAAUCUUAGUUUCAGGCUACGGGGUGAAGUGCGAUGAGUCUUCCGCCACCGGCGAGUCGGAUCAAAUGAAGAAGACCCCUGGCCAUGAAGUCUGGCAGCAAAUUGUCGACGGCAAGGCAACCAAGAAACUCGACCCGUUUCUGAUCUCCGGUAGCAAGGUCCUUGAAGGGUUGGGAACUUAUGUUGUCACCAGUGUUGGACCCUAUUCUACCUACGGACGGAUCUUGUUGUCGCUGCAGACUCCUAAUGACCCAACGCCGCUUCAGGUCAAGCUGGGUAAGCUGGCAGAUUGGAUUGGGUAUUUGGGUACAGCAGCUGCUGGUAUUCUGUUCUUUGUUUUGCUAUUCCGAUUUGUCGCCGAUCUGCCCAAUCACCCGGAAAGGAACGGUGCUAUGAAAGGAAAAGAAUUUGUGGAUAUUCUUAUUGUUGCUGUCACGGUUAUUGUGGUCGCUAUUCCAGAGGGCCUUCCACUGGCAGUAACGCUGGCUUUGGCCUUCGCUACUACCCGAAUGGUCAAGGAGAACAACCUAGUCCGUGUCCUCCGCGCAUGCGAGACAAUGGGAAAUGCCACGGUCAUCUGCUCUGAUAAAACAGGUACAUUGACACAGAACAAAAUGACCGUUGUGGCCGGAACCUGGGGCUCGAAUCAAAACUUCAGCCAGAGAACCGAAGAUGAAGAUGUGGAAGGUUCAAUGACUACUUCGGCAGUCUCCCAGAAACUAUCAGCUCCCAUCAAAGAUUUGAUCAUCAAGAGCAUCGCUUUGAACUCGACUGCGUUUGAACGGGAAAAGGACGGCUCCAUCGAUUUUGUCGGUAGUAAGACCGAGGUUGCGAUGCUUCAGUUGGCUAGGGAUUAUAUGGGCAUGGAUCUUGUCUCGGAGCGUGGCUCCGCUGAGAUCACCCAAUUGAUUCCUUUCGACUCCGACAGGAAGUGCAUGGGUGUUGUUUACCGUGUUCCUGGAGCUGGCUACCGACUGCUUGUCAAGGGAGCGUCCGAGUUGAUGGUCGGCGUCUGCACCGCAGAAAUUGUCAACAUUGAUAUUUCCAAGGAGAGACCCGAUGUGGAGCAGCUUUCUGACGAACAAAAGAAAAACCUUCUGGAGAUCAUCGACAAUUAUGCCCACAAGUCUCUUCGAACGAUUGGCAUAGUCUACAAGGACUUCGCAAGCUGGCCACCGAUCGAAGCCAAACAUUCUGAGGAUCCUUCAGCAAACUUCGAGGAUUUCUUCCAUGAUAUGACUUGGGUUGGAGUUGUAGGUAUCCAAGACCCUCUUCGCCCCGAAGUCCCAUCGGCCAUUCGCAAAUGUCACUCGGCAGGCGUCCAGGUCAAGAUGGUGACUGGUGACAACGUUGCCACUGCCACUGCUAUUGCAACUUCUUGCGGAAUCAAGACGGAAGAUGGAUUGGUCAUGGAAGGUCCCAAGUUCCGCCAACUCACAAACGAGGAGAUGGAUGAAGUGGUUCCGCGCCUGCAAGUGCUGGCACGAUCAUCCCCCGAAGACAAGCGAAUCUUAGUCGAACGUCUCAAGGCCCUCGGUGAAACGGUCGCCGUGACAGGUGAUGGUACCAACGACGGACCGGCUUUGCGGACUGCAGAUGUCGGCUUCUCCAUGGGUAUUGCUGGUACUGAGGUCGCGAAGGAGGCGAGUUCGAUUAUUCUCCUGGAUGAUAAUUUCAAGUCCAUCAUCACAGCGAUCGCUUGGGGACGAGCUGUUAAUGACGCCGUUGCCAAGUUUUUGCAAUUCCAAGUCACGGUCAAUAUCACGGCCGUGAUCCUCACUUUUGUGUCAUCUGUGUACAGCAGUGAGAACACCAGUGUUUUGACAGCUGUGCAGCUGCUCUGGGUGAACCUGAUCAUGGACACAUUCGCCGCUCUCGCCUUAGCCACGGAUGCCCCGACUGAAAAGAUUCUCGACCGCAAGCCUGUCUCCAAACACGCCUCCCUCUUCACAAUGACCAUGUGGAAGAUGAUCCUUGGCCAAGCAGUCUACCAGCUAGCCAUCACGUUCAUGCUUUAUUUCGCAGGCGAAAAGCUCCUCAACGCCCAUCUCAGCUCCGAGCCCGAGAUGCGCGCGAAACAACUCUCGACCGUGGUGUUCAACACGUUCGUGUGGAUGCAGAUCUUCAACGAAUUCAACAAUCGCCGCCUCGACAACAAGUUCAAUAUCUUCGAGGGCAUGUUCCGCAAUUACUGGUUCUUAGGAAUCAACGCCAUCAUGAUCGGUGGCCAGAUCAUGAUCGUCUUCGUGGGCGGCCAGGCAUUCAACGUGACUCGCUUAAACGGCACCCUCUGGGGCGUGUGUUUGAUCUGUUCUAUUGCCUGCUUGCCUUGGGCUAUCGUGCUCCGACUUAUCCCAGACUACUAUUUCGGGCUUGUUUUCAAUGCCGCUGUUGGCGGUAUGGCUGUUGUUUUGCGCCCGCUUUCCAAGGGGUGCAAGGUAAUCGGUCGAGGCAUCAGGUCUUUCUUUAGGCCUGUGAAGCGUUUCACUCGCCGUAUUUUCAACAAGCGGAAGUCAGAAGAUGAACUCGAGUUGAAACCAAAGUCUACUGAUCCUGAAGAAGCUCCUGAGAGACUACAACUGAACACGCAAAAGCCCUCUCCUGAGCGUCUGGCCACGCCUACUCCUGUCGUCAUUCCCCCUAUCACGAUUACUACGUCUCCUUAG